CAACCCGCUCUGCGAGGUGAUCAUGAGCUCCGACCGUCUUCAGCGGGUCCUAACUACUACCCUCGGACCAUGGGGAAACCUCACCAAGAUGCUAUACCGCACGUCGAAGGCCAGCGGGCAACAUGCAGCUCCUCUGCCACCCGAUAGUGUGCGGCUUCCGGGCGCGAUUGAUGCUGCUCGAAACCCGUACAGCGGCGCCGGUGCUAGGCACGCCGAGGCCAAGUCAGUCGCUGCCACGACCAGCUACUACGUCACUAACAACGGCAUCGAGGGUGUAGCUGGAGCGCGUGGAAACCUGUACACGCCCUCCAGCUACGUCGUCCCUGGAGCCAAUACUAGACGUAAUAGCCGGCCGAUUACGUCGAGUACGUCAGCCCCCGUAUGUCGGCGUUACUUGCCGUGUUAAUCCCACGAGUGUGUGCACGACAGAACUGGGGGAAACAGGUACUCCAGUAUCGACGAUUGGCCGGAGGAGCGCUCGUUCUCGAAGCGACCGUUCUGGAGAUAUUUCCUGAGAGUGAUCUGCUGCUGUGCUUGAGGGAUCUUGAAGGAACUGGCAGGGUUGGGGGGCCUCACAAUGUUGCGCGAUGCAAGAGGAGCAUGCGCCAAAAGUCACGCUACUAUUUUCUUUUUAUUGUGAUCAUUGAUACCACACAACAUCAUUAUAUCAACAACCCAUCACAUACCCGCUCUGGUGUGCUGAACGGACAUUGUCGGACAUCGCUUGAGACGGUAAUCGUCCUGGCCUUGAUGCAGCAGUACAGCACCAUAGAUGAAUGAUACCCUGUCAUACUUACGAGCUCAUGUAUAAUCGCUGAGACGCCUUAAU